CGGACAAAUCAUUGCGGAUUCAGAGUCUCCCACAGUUAAUGACGACAGCUGGGAUAUCUGAUGUAGAUGGCCCAUCUACUGAUUGCCCAGGCAGUGAAAGUGAACCUGGCAGCAAGACAGCAACAGACAGGAAGCCUGGCGUGGCAGUUAUGAACUUACCGUCCGAUGUCAGCACUGCAAGCUUGAUAAACAGAGGAGCUGACGACCAAGCUUUGCACAGUCAGAGCCACACAGAGGAGAAGCAUCUGUCCAUCUCUGGAGCAACCUUGGAGAUUCACACUCAGCCUACGGGGACAGAAGGCAGGGCUAAUCCUGACAGCAGCUUCUCUUCUGGGGAUGCUGGGAAGAAUAACAACCUCCUGCAACCAGAAGCAACAACGAACAGCAGCAAUGUGUCAGAAAUAGAAACAUUCUCCAAGGAGGGAGUAGAAGAACAAGCUGGGAGCCCAAUGGUAGACAAAUUAAUUUCAGCAGCCACAGUUCACUCAGCUUGUGUUUCAUCAAAGCAGGAUGACAUUACUGGAGGGAGCAGUUCUUUAGAGUUCAGUAGUCCUAGCACAGAAGACACUGCCACUGGAGAUGGAAUAACUGUUGAAAAAAGGGUUAUUAAUGCGGACAGCGAAACAGGUGAACUAGGACAACCUUCUGAGAUUGGUGCUGAUCAGAUAUGCUCAAGAGAGGGUCCGAGCAGGGCUCAGCAUCAAGCGGCAGUUGAAUUCAUUGCAAGUCUCUUAAACGGGGACCUGAAAGACAGUGAGAGUUUCCUGGCUCAUUUGGAGUUCCAGGAAGACACGUUUUCUGAAGAAGAAAUGUCACCAAGCCCAGGAGAGUCUGUCUUGGGGGAGAGUUUCCUUUCAUUGGAUGAAUUGGCAAAGAAGAUAGAGGUAGAAGAGGUGAGCCCUGUUGCUGGUUUGGUGUCCAUACUAAAGAAGCGUACUGACAGUGAGGGAGAGCAGACUUUUCAGUCUUCACAGAAACAGGCAAAGAGGAAAGUGCGGUUCGAAGAAACAGACGAUGCACUUGAACAAGAAGAAAUAGGCGGAGGCUCCUGCAUUUUGCUCAUAGCACUCUGCAUCGUAACAGUGUUCCUUAGCAUAGGUGGCACUGCCUUAUACUGCACAUUUGGAGACAUAGAUUCCUCCGUAUGUAAAGAUUUCGCUUCAAACAUGGACUUCUACUACACUCAGGCAGUACAAGGAAUGGAAGAAUUAAGGCAUUGGCUCUUUGUCACAUAGUGGACCGAACGUUGUCUGGCAAGCUUAUAGGGCUGCUUAAUACCACUAUAGCUUGAGUAAAACCAUGAUCGUGGAUUACAAUUUAACCUGCCGAACGAACUUCAAUUGUAUUUUCAAAUCUUAUAAAAGAAGAGUCUAUAGCUGAAUAUUUUAAAUGAAUAUAUAAAAAAAAAGACUAAGUGGCUAUAGUGGUGGGAAAACGGUACAGAGACAUCCCACUAAACCUACCACCAGUCCACCUACUGUUUUUACAACCUGCGGCAUUCAAUUUUCUGGUCAACUUUGUUUCUAUUGGGUAUUUCAAUGAAAAGCCUUCUAUGGAUAAGAAGUUCCAACGUGGAGGAUUUCUGUGUACAACAGCGUAUUGCGGCAUUCAGUUUUAAUGCAAUAAGACUGUGUGUGUGUUCUGUAAACUUGGACUCUUAACUUAUAUAUUUUUAAUGCUGUUUUUAUUUGUGUGUUCUGUCAUUUUUAAUUUCUAUUCAGCUGUGGUCAGAGCACUGAAACAGAGUCUGCUUGUCAUGACGUAAACCAUGAGAUUUCUAAACGUGUCACUUUUAUGUUUGAAUUAAUGCACCAUGCUUCCUUAUAUGUUCUGUGUUUUACUUUUUUUAGUGUUACUUUGCAGUAUGACAACACUGAAGCAACCUAUGAAGGAAACUUCCAUUUAGCCAAGCAUGCUGGUCCAUGGUGU